AUGUCUACUUUUGGUGAUAUGCAGGAGUGUGCUUAUGAUAUUAUUAAGGGGCAUUCAGAGCAGCAUUAUCCAAAGGAUCCACCACUGCUUAUAAUUUUUGGUGGUGGUGGAACAGGAAAAAGCUACCUUAUUAGUGUUCUUAAAAACCUACUUCAACUAUCAUGUGCAGUGACUGCCACAACUGCCAAAGCUGCAUUUAGCAUACAUGGUUGUACUAUCUAUUCAGCAUUAACACUUCCUGUCAAUGCAAAUGGCAACAAAGACUUAACUGGGCAAAGCCUCAGACUACAUAAUACUCUACAAGAAGCAAGUUCCAUUAUAAUUGAUGAAUACUCAAUGUUAGGCCAAAACAUUAUUGUCUGGGUUGACAAAAAGUGCAGGCAAGCUACUGAUUUAACCGAUCAAUUCUUUAGUGGAAAGUCAAUUAUAUUAGUUGGUGAUCCUAUGCAAUUACCUCCAGUAGUAGAAAAGCCUCUCAAUUACUCUAAGCCCUCCAGCACUCUACAAGAACAAGGUCAUUUAGCCUGUUUCAUGUUUAACACUGUUCUUAAACUAACACUGAAUCAGAGAGUAAAGGCUUCACCCCAGAACAAGCUACAUUUAGAGAUUUAUUGA